GUGCGGCGUGCUGGAGCGGAGCAGCAGCCGUGCACGCGCGCCCACGCGUGCGACAGCGGCCGGCGGUGCACGUACACGCGUGCCAGCCCCGCGUGUGAGCCCCGAGUGGGUCCUGAAACCCACUUGUGGCUCCUCCUUAGCAGGAACUCGGAGCUCCCGGAACAAUUCUGGAUGCUGGAGGACCCAGGGCGGCUGAUGGGGGUCCCUUCCUGGGGGGGGGGUGUCCUGUCCGGGCGGCACAGAGCAGCCCGGCCCUGGUGCCGCCCCACGCGGGACGUGCCCCCACGGAGCUUCCGCCACCCCGAGUGUUUCCUGCCCCAACACGGAGCUGGGGACGAGGCCGCCCACGGGAGACACGGCUGCAGACAUGAACCCCAAAAGCUGCCUCGGGUUUGCCAAGUGUUUCCUCUUCCUCUUCAACCUCUUCUUCUUCGGUCGCCGCUGUACAGCCUGCGAGCAUGGUCCUACGCCUUCUCGGGGGUCGGCAUUGUGACGAUGCUGCUGGGCUUCCUGGGGUGCCUGGGCGCCCUCAGAGAGAUCAAGGCCAUGCUGCUGCUGUACUUCGGGAUCCUACUGCUGCUCUUUGCUGCCCAGAUCACAGUGGGGGUCGUCAUCUACACACAGCGGGUGACCCUGGCCACCAUGGUGGCCACCUAUGCGCAGGAGCUGAUCCAGGGGUACCCAGCCCAGGGGCCACCCGGGGACCCGCACGAGAGCUGGGAUGCCAUCCAGCAGCAGCUCGGUUGCUGCGGCUGGAAUGGACCCCAGGACUGGAACCCCUCUGGGGACACGGCUGUUGCCUGCUCCUGCCUUGAGCCACCAGCACCUAACAGCACCUACGGGGCCCCCCCAGCACUGCCCCAUGGCCGCUGCCCCAUGGCUGCCCCCCAGGACAUCUUCCCCAGGGGCUGCGCUGAGGGUGUCCAGGUCUGGCUGGCCGAAAACCUGGUCACGGUCGUGGGGGUCUGCCUGGGCAUCGGCCUGAUGGAGCUCUGUCUGCUGAUGCUGUCGAUGUUCGUGAUCAGGAACCUGGACCCCGACUACGAGAAACUGCUGCGGGGGCUGUGAGGGGAUGGGGGGGGGGGGCGGGGGGGCUGCCGGGUCUCUGCUCCCCCCUCGGCUCUCGGUCAAUAAAUCCCGCUGGAAGCAGCA